UUGAAAAAUCUGGAAAAUUUACUUAACGAUGGACAAAAAAACGAAUUACAAGUUCAGCGAACGCGAAUUGGAUAUCCGUUCUGAUCUGGAGUUCGUGGACAGUCUGUUGAAGGACCUUCGAUUGGAGGCGGAGCCACAGGCUCGUGGUGUGAUCCUAGAUCUGGCUUACACUUUGGCAAGGGACAAACUGGUCGAGGCCCAACGCUUCGCCAAGCUGGCGAACCGCUCCAACGUGAGUGUCGAGGAUCUGGAGAUGGCGGACCUGGAGCGGACCGUGGAGCUCAGGAGGAGACCCCGCCAGCAGUCGCUGAAGUCCCUGCUUCCCGGCCAGGCAUCUAUGCCCACGCCGGGUCUGAACCACGGUCUAUUGCUGCCCACCUUCCGCCACUGCCAGGUGGGCAUGACGGCCGAGCUGAAGGGCAAGGGCACUGAGCCCCAGCCGAGGAUCAGACUGCCCUCCAAUCCGGUGGCACCUGUCCCAGCGGUGCUGGCUCUUAGUAGCUCCAACUCCCAUUCGAUGUCCCCCACGGCUCGACCCGCUCCACGUUCCAAGUCUCGGCCCGGUGGCUCCCAUUCGACUCUUCUAGGCAUCAGUUCCAACUCCCCAGUGGUGGCUUCAACUCCUGGAGCUCGACCCCGUGCUCAUCCUCCAGCCAGGGCCCAUUCAACUUCUAGGGCUUUCAGCGGGAGACCUGGGAUGGCAUUCAACCCAGGUUCCUCCCCGAUUUCCACCACUGGGGUUCUGGGAUGCAUUCCCCCAGUCAAGAAGCAACGAAUGCAAAAAUAA